CUACCUCAUAUUACAUUCCUACCUUCUGUCUACACCUGAGUAGCAGCCGCUCAACAUACCUGAUGAGCCACCUGUGGAGUCACACAGUCUAGUCUUCUCAACAUUAAGAACCAACAAGAUGGAGAAAGAACCGCCGCAGGAUGAUGAGCAGCUCAAUGACAUCCCCGACAGCCUGGACUGGCUUCUGAGCACAGACACCGCAGAAAUCACUCCUAUGGAUACCAACAUUCUAAUGAAUAGUGUCACCACGGACAGUGUUUGCUCAUCAGCAUUCACCAGGGAGGGGCUCUUUGAAGCAGCAUCCCAGGGAGACACAACUCAGCUCAAUGGUCUGCUCAACUACCUGUUGGUUAAUAAUAAACGACUUACAAGUCCAGAGUUUACAGAUGAUGUCACUGGGAAAACAGUGCUCCUCAAAGCUUUGCUGAAUCUGAAAGGUGGAAGAAACGACACCAUAGACGUCUUCCUCGACAUCGCGGAGAAAACUGGAGAUUUAAAAAACUUAAUCAAUGCGUCUUACAAAGAUGUUUGCUACAAAGGUCAGACAGCGCUGCAUGUCGCCAUUGAAAGACGGAGCUACGAUCAUGUGAAGCUGCUGGUCCAGAAAGGAGCUGAUGUGCAAGCCAAAGCCAGUGGAACUUUCUUCCAGCAUGGUGUGGGACUGGGCUUUUAUUUUGGAGAACUUCCACUGCCGCUGGCUGCCUGCACCAACCAGUCCAACAUUGUCUCCUUCCUCAUGGAAAACCCAUAUAGAAGAGCAGAUUUGACCGACAAGGACUCACAAGGGAACACUGUCUUACACACUUUGGUGGUCAUAGCAGACAACUCACCAGAAAACACAGAAAUGUUUGUGACGAUGUACGACGAGAUCCUCAUUCAGUACACCAAGCUUGAGAAAACAAGAAAAGUCAAUCUGGAAGAGAUUGAAAAUAAUCAGGGCUUGACUCCUCUGAAGUUAGCAGCCAAACUGGGGAAGAUUGCGCUCUUCAGGCACAUUUUGCACCGAGAAUUUGUGGAUGAGGAGAUGAUGCCGCUGUGCAGGAAGAUCACAGAAUGGGUCUAUGGACCCGUUCACUCCUCACUUUAUGACACAGGCUCCAUCGACACCAACAAAGACAACUCUGUGUUGGACAUAAUCGUCUUUGGGAGCGAAAGUCCGAAUCGACCAGAGAUGCUCCAGAUUGAGCCACUUUACAGUCUUCUCACGGACAAAUGGGACAGGUUUGCUUCCAAGUUAUUCUUGAUGAAUUUCUUGGUCUAUCUGGUAUACCUGAUCAUCUUCACUGUUGUGGCCUGCUACAGAAAAGACGGACAGCCACCAUUUCCCAUUGAAAACGUCAAGGUUGACUCCCUCCGCCUCAUCGGAGAGAUCAUCACUGUCUUAGGAGCAGUGUGGUUUCUCUACAAAUCGAUAACUAGUUUCAUAAGGAACCCACCAAGCUUCACGUCUCUGUACACUGAUGGAGUCUGUGACAUUCUUUUUUUCCUGCAGGCAACACUUCUCCUGAUUUGCACAAUCUUAUACGUCACUGGACGGAGAGAAUAUGUUGGACUCCUCGUGUUGUCUCUGGCCCUUGCCUGGAUCAACGUACUUUACUAUUCGAGAGGCUCUAAACAUAUGGGGAUAUACGCUGUCAUGAUGCAAAGAAUGAUCCUGAGUGACUUGUUGACCUUUUUAUGUGUCUAUUCGGUCUUGCUUGUUGGAUUCUCAGCAGCUCUGGUUUCUCUGAUGGACGACUCUGCUGCAGCUCAAGAUCAAACACCAAACAAUGACUCACUGCCACAGGGAAGGAGCUUUGAUGUCGAGCCAUUCGUAUGCGAGAAGCCGACUUACGAUGACCUCCGAUUCACAAUACUGGAGCUCUUCAAGUUCACGAUUGGAAUGGGAAAUCUGGAGUUCACCGACCAUGUGCAGUAUAAGGAGGUUUUCUACAUCCUGCUCAUCACGUACAUCGUUCUCACUUACAUCCUGCUCCUCAACAUGCUCAUCGCCCUGAUGGGCAACACAGUCGAAAGACUCUCCAAGGAAAAUAUAAACAUCUGGAACCUGCAGAGAGCUUCUACAAUUUUGGACAUAGAAAGAGGACUGCCAAAGUUUCUGAGGAACAGGCUGUUUUCCAGUGAGUCCAAGACGCUGUGUCUGAAAAGUGAAAAGGACGAGAGUCGCACAUUUUUCAGGGUGCAGGAGAUUAACUGGAAAAAAUGGAGGUCAGAGCUGACUGUGAUCCAAGCGGAAGACCCAGGGAAUCACAUGAUGCGGCUGCCGCCUCGCUCCCGCUCUUCAGGGAAACUGUGGGAGAGGAAUCCAAUCUUGGAGAGGAUUCGUGCCAGAUAUCGCCAACCACAUAUUUCCGGCUUUCCCUGAUUUUACAUAUCAAAUAAUAAUAGUACAUUAGUAAUAAUAAUAAUUAGCAUUCAGAUUCAGGUUUCCUGUGGACCACUUGUUUUUGGUUAAUUUCUAUUUCUACUAUUUAUCUUAGCAACAGGAAAACUUUAACUGUGAAUGAAUGAUACUGUGAACCAACAUAUUGGUGUGAUGACUUUCCUUUUUGUAGAGAUUCAGUUCUUUUCAAAUUGAAACUUUUUAAUAAAGAAACAUCAAACCCUG